AUGCAAUCUUUUACAAUUCUUUCAUUUACUAUUACUCUCAUUCUUCUCGCUGUUACUGCUCAAUUCAACGAAGCGGUACCAUUACAAAAUAACAAAUUUCAAUUACAUCAUCUAGUUCGUCGUGAUAAUAAACAUCCAGGAUGCGCUUUCGGACUAUCUAUGUGUUGUUCAUUCACGAAUGGAUACGCAGCUGGAAAUUGUAUAAUAGCUCUUAGUGCAGGUACUGAUUGUGGAGAUAAACAUCCGUUCUGCUGUGCCGCACCCGGUGGCACUUUUGGUAUAGGCUGUUCAUUUGUUUAA